CGUGUUGCAGAGUCAGCAUUUCGUCUCCCCUAUUUAUUUCCUAAUCUACGCUGUCCCGCAUUCUUUACUAGAAGACUACGAAAUGGACUCGACGACCGACGAACGCUCUGCUAGCGACGACGCUGCCCCUGCAGCUGCAGCCCCAGCGCCGGCGCCGGAGUGCGAGAAGAUCGUGCUGAGCAGCGAAGCCGAGCAGGACACUUAUCCGUUCGACAGUGCUGCAGAAUGUUGGUCGAUGGUGAGCCUCAAAGCCCCUGUGUACGAACCGAGCGAGCGAGCAAGCAUCGACCUCGUGGCCGUUGUCGACAAGAGCGGUAGUAUGUCGGGGGAGAAAAUUUCUCUCGUGAGGGAGACGCUUCAUUUCGUCGUUGAUCAAUUGAAGGACACCGAUCGCCUUGGCAUUGUGUCAUAUGACACUAAAGUGUAUGAUGAUUUACGUCUCAAGGUCAUGAAUCAAAGAGGGAAGUCUCAAGCUCAUGCAGUUAUUGACAAACUUAAAGAAGGGUCUUCAACUAAUCUCAGUGGUGGGCUAGAAAGAGGUUUAGAAUACAUUGAACAACUUGGCACAAACAAGAAAGACGUUUCGUCGGUUCUUCUAAUGACGGAUGGAAUGGCUAAUCAGGGAGUCACUGCGCAACCUGAUAUUCUGAGGAGAAUGACAAGGGCAGGAAGGAGACAAGGUGAAGGGUCAGGUGGAAUAUUGGCUGGUGUUCAGAGAGGCAUUUCUCGUCUUCUAGGUAGUGAAGAAAACGCCAGCUCAGCUAGAAAUGCUGAAGAAGUUGCUGCUAUUGUCCAUACCUUUGGCUUUGGCUCUGAUCACUUAGCUAGCCUUUUGGAAGCAAUCAGUGAGAAAGGACAAGGCAUGUACUACUUUAUCGAUAACAACGAGAAGAUUCCAGAAGCCUUUGCUGAUUGUCUUGGAGGACUGCUUAGUACAGUUGGUCAGAAUGUAACGUUGACAAUUGCUACUAAAAAUGGAACUCAUAUUACCAAAGUGCACCACCGCCGAGCAGGAGCACUGACUGAUUCUUCAACCAAGUGUGAAGUCAAAAUUGGAGAUGUGCAAUCUGAAGAACAACGUGAUAUUGUCAUUCAGUUGCAACUGCCUCAGUUGCAAGCUCCUCAACCAGAACCAGAAGUUGUCCUUGAAGCAGAGUUGUCAUAUUUCAAUGCUAUAACAAGCAUGAUGGAGAAAGAUACAACUAGUAUCUGUGUAAGGAGACCAGCUGAUGUUCCUGCUGGAUCUUUGCAGUCCAAGCCUACAAUUGACCUACAGCGGAACCGAGUUAUAGCCGCUGAGGCCAUGAAACGUGCCACCGAAUUGGCUGAUGGCAACAAGUUAGAAGAAGCUAGAGCAGUCAUUGCCAAGGCAACUGCUGUGAUCACUGAUUCUUGUACGAAAGAUGAAAGUCAAAGUCAGUAUCUACUUGCUGAUCUAAACAAGAGUCGUGAACAGCUCAGUAGCCAUCAUGCAUAUCGUGCUGGUGGUAAUUUCAUGUACAUGCAAGCUCAGUCUCAUGCAGUGCAACGUAGUAGUGCGGCAGACAAUGAAUCAUACAGCACACCUCGCAAAAUGGGGAUGAAGAGUUUGGUUUCUAAGAAAAAGUGACCGAUGUUGCAUUGAUUGCGAACAGAUUGUGUAGUUUAUUGUAGUUGUUGAGCUGAACUGCUGUCAUUGUGGCACUUUGUUAGCAUUGCAUGCGUGUUGACACAGCUGGAGAUCCUGAUUAGCCAUUACUUUGUUUAGUUCGCGUGUGUAAUCAGUCUCAAAAUAUCAUAGUAUACUGUACUGACACUACA